CCCUCAGCUCUCCCCAGCCCUGCAGCUGGCAUCGAGGCUCUCAUCCAGUUCUUAUAGCAAGAAAUCUGCACUCCAGAAGUCCUACUGAGAUGGGCAAAAUCAUCAUUUAUGAGCAUGCCAACUUCCAGGGUUUGUCCAGGGAAUUCACAACUAGCAUUUCCAAUCUACAAGAUGUAAAUUGGAAUGAUAUUGUCUCCUCAGUGAAAGUAAUUGGCCAGCCUUGGGUGGCUUAUGAGCAUUCAAACUACGGAGGCCGAUUUCUGGUAUUUGAGGAGGGAGAACAUAAGUUUGUUGGAGAAGAGAUGAAUGACAAGAUCAGUUCUCUGCAGCUGAUCACUGAAAAUCUGCACAAUCCCCAGAUCACUCUCUACGAACACGCUGAUUAUCAAGGGAGGAGCAGAAUAAUAACAGAAGAAACCAACCUGGGUGAAGGACAUGACAAUGACAUCAUGUCUUCUCACAAAGUCCAGAGAGGUGUGUGGCUGCUGUGUGAAAACAGCGAUGGAAGUGGAAUUCAAUACCUUGCUCGAGAACAUGAAAACCUUCCAAAUUACACGACAAUCAAUUUCAAUGACAAGCUUUCCUUCCUGCGUCCCCUUCGCCCUGGCAGUGACUCUUAGACUGCAAAUCCUGCAGCACUGAGGAAAGAUGCAGCCGCAGCAAGAAAAUUGAGACCUUGUUCCCUGCCUCUGCUUGUGCUGCCCUUUUCCCCGGUGUCACAGGACCACUGGAUGUGAGAGCUCUCUGCUAGGCUGCACUGCAGAUCUGUACUUCUCUAUCCUGCCUUGCACUCUUCUCCCACCCCACUAAUCAUGAUGCUUGAUCAUACGAAAGAGUGUCCAAGCUAGAGGAGGCAUGCCAGAUGUGUGAAAUCUAUUCUACCCUGAGGUGGCAUUCCAGAGUCCUGGGCUAUGGAAUGUCAAAGCACUGCAUGUUGUUUCUGUUGCUGAGUGAAACAGAAAGUGUUAGUACAGAACCAGCAUCGCUUCCUCUGUAAUUUGCUUUGCAAUGCCCUUGUGGUGCUGUGCCCUCUGCCAUUGUCUGUAAUCCAUUUUGUGUCGGUGCUAUUAAAGAAUCUUUUGCAAUUA